AUGUCUGCUAAAUCCACGCCGUGUGGGGCCAGCUCUGCUGCAACCGAGUAUAAGGGCCCGUUUGUGCUGAGACCUGGCGAUCAAUCAUAUCAAUCGCCUCUCGUCGAGUACACACCCGUAUCACAGGGUGCCCCGGUGUUGCCUUAUGGCUAUGUCACGGCUUGUGGAGCUUCCAUACCUCCCAGUAUGGUGCCUGUUUAUUAUCAGCCAUACAGGUUUGUCUGUACCGUGCAAAAUGAGCAUGGCCAGCAACCUAUGGAAGCAACCUAUCGUUCAGCAUAUAGGCCCGCGACGGUGAACGAGCCACAACCGGAACAGUUCACCAACCACCUGCGGCGUAACAGCUCGCAGAUCACAGACAAAAAUGCCCAGGAUCGUCUUGAUCCUGUAGCUUGUAUCUUUGUCGGAAAUCUCCCAAUUUGGUUACCACGAAAACGACUCCAAGUCUGCGUAAAAAGUAUAUUUCGGAAUUGGGGAGACUGUUACGUCAAGGUGAACUUAUCACCGUCGAACAAACUGUACAACGCAUUUGUACAGUUCACGAAUGUUGAGCAUGCAAGGCAGGCCCGGGCUUUCGCAAGAAACCCGGGAAUAUACCUUGCUGGUCGGCACCUCAGACUGGAAACGCCGAACAAGAUCAGAAGCUCUAUGUGCGGCCACCCUGCUACCAUGGACGAAAUGGGUUCUUUGGAUAGGGAGGCACAUAGUACUUCUGUGGAGGAACACUGUGGAAGUUCGGAGCACAGUCAUGAGUACCAAGGAAAGGGGAAACAGGUUGAACGGACUCCCGAACAGCAAGAUGAACGGGGCAUGUCGAGUCUGACCAGCCAGUUAUUAACCGAGCAAGACGACCCAAACGUCUACUACGAUGUGGACGCGGUCGAGCGGGUUCUGUUUGGCGGUGCGGGCCGACGGCCAGUUGUCUGCCUGGGGGCUGCGUAA